CUGACUAUGACCCGGAAGGUGAUCCGUUUAAAAACACUCGUGAGUUGUUCUUAGAAAGAGGUGCUGGUAGAGCUCCUCUCCUUUCCCUGACCGGAAUGGAGGGUCAUGGCAUCAUGAAAGCCUUCCCUAAAGUAAAGAGACCCAGGCCUAAUGAGCAGAAGGACGCGCCUCCCCUCAAAAAGACGCCUUCUGAACCAAAAACAGGUACAGUUUUCCAGGGAACCGAAAUAUACAUCGUUCCAGCUGGUAUAGGGAAAUCCAGGUGUGAUAUAUUCCUUCGGCAGGUCACCCAGAAUGGAGGACAGGUAGUUUCCACCUUCUCUCCCAGCUGCACACACGUCAUUGUUGAUGAUUCAGUCGAUUGUAAGAAAGCUUUGAGACUUCUGAAAGUGGAAAGACUGUCCUCUGCUGUUCAUCUGGUCAAAUGCACUUGGUUGAGUGCCUGCAUCAGUGAGAAAAGUUUACUAGACCCUGAAGACUACAGCCUUCUUCCUCCUGAGAGUCCCACAGUUGGUAUUGCUGAGGAGUCAAAUGAGACGGCAGUCAGCCCAGUUCCAGAUGUAGCAGCAGCACAGGAUCCUUCGAAAAUCCUUGAAAAUCUCACAGAGACGGUGCCAGAGGUUCAGGAGGAGCACCAUGAGGAAGAUGGUGUAUCUCAGAACGAUCUGGAGGCCUUGAUCAGCGGCGUCCACCCAUCUGAAAGCAACCCGACUCAGAGUUUGGCAGAGAAUCCCGUUUUGUCUGGGAAGUGGGUCUGUUCCCAACCAUCCACAACUAAAGGGGAGAACCACAAUAAGCACAUUACUGACAAACUGGAGCCGCUGGCCAAAGCCUAUACGCACACGGGCGAUAAAUGGAGAGCUCUGGGAUACUCUAAAGCGAUCAACGCCCUCAAGAGCUACCACAAGCCCAUCACUUCAUAUGAGGAAGCAUGUAAGAUCCCAGGCAUUGGUAAACGCAUGGCAGACAAGAUCAUGGAAAUUAUGGAAAGUGGGCACUUGCGUAAACUGGAUCACAUUGGGGAGGAGGUGCCUGUUCUUGAAAUGUUCACUAACAUCUGGGGCGCUGGGGCCAAGACUGCUCAGAUGUGGUAUCAACAAGGAUUUCGCACAUUGGAGGAUAUUCGCACUAAGGCGGUUUUGAAUCACACUCUAAGGAUUGGACUAAAACACUACGAUGACCUCCUUGAGCGGAUGCCAAGAAGUGAAGCAAAUGCCAUCGAGAAAACUGUUUGUACAGACUUUUUUUUUUUUAUGGCCUGCAGUAAAGAAAAUAGCCAUAACCAAGCAAUUAAACUGAGGGGCUUUCUUUGUUCUUACCAUACAUAACAACAUCGUCCGGUUGUGAAGAACAAGAAUGUAGCUACUUGAUUUUCACAGCAGUAAAUAAUAAAACUGAAUUUCAAAAAGACAAGCAAUCAAAAAAAAACGAAAACAAUUUUGUGUUGGCGGCUAGCAAAACUGUCAAUCUUCUUUGGUCAGCUGAUGGACAUAACAGAGAUUGUUAGUGAGUCUGUCGUCCCAUAGGAAGAGUGGGAGCUCUUGAAAGCUGGCGCUUCAUAAGUCAGAAGCUACUGAGCUCCCUUACAGAGUCUUGGGCCCAAGCCAGUUGUUUUCUUGCUAUUGCUUGGAACGUCCCACUGUUUUCCUCUUAACAGACCUGAUAGAUAAAAAGGGCAGAUGAAGAUGAGUGCAA